AUGACCUUUCAGUUUUUGGAAACAGUUGAGUUUUUCCAGCUAGGAAAGGCAUUGGUGGUGCAUAUAUCUCACCAAUCCCGUCGACGUGAUCAAAACAAGAUUGCAAGUGCAGGGAUCAACCUUAAGGUACAACAGUCGGUUAGAUACAAUGUGUGGCAUAAUGGAUGGCUGAAGGUGCACAUAGCAUGA